AUUUCCAUAGUGACAAGAGAUCGUCAUCAAUUGAGCGAAGUUGCCGGGUGACUUAAGAUACUCAAUAUUUUUACUGAUUUUUUAGAGUAUUUAAAAAAAUGACUGCGAUUCAGUACGAUGUUAAAACAUGGCUGGAUAACAAUCAUCAUUAUUUUUUACCUCCUAUUUGCAAUAAACUGAUGUAUCAGGAUGGACAACUGAAAGUAUUUUUUGUUGGUGGACCAAACCAGAGGAAAGAUUUCCACAUGGAAGAAGGCGAAGAAUUCUUCUACAUGCUAAAGGGGGACAUGACAUUAAUAGUGUAUGAAAGAUAUCAUUUUAGGAACAUAACGAUUAAAGAGGGAGAAGUGUUUAUGCUACCAGCUCAUAUACCACAUUCACCACAGCGAAAUGCGGACACCAUAGGCUUGGUUAUUGAAAGAGAAAGAAAGACCAGCGAAUUAGAUUUGUUACGGUAUUACGUUGAUGAUAGUGACGAAAUUCUGUAUGAGAAAUGGUUUUACUGUAAAAGUCUGGAAGAAUUGGGCCCCCUGAUAAAAGAAUUUUUUGAAUCUAAGCAGUUCAUGACCGGAAGACCUAUUCCAGGUACUUUAUUCGAAGAUAAACCAAUAAAGCAAGAUUUCGGUCGAAAAUUACACGAUCCUUUUAGUUUGAAAACUUGGCUACAUUCUAACCAAGAUGCAUUAGAGAAAGUAGGGAAAUUGAAGCUUUUCGACGGAAGUUUCGUGUCUCGAAUCCAUGUUUUAGGAAAAGGAUGUCACUCCCCAGAUCCAGAUCUUCCAGAAACAUUUUUAUGGCAGAUUGAAGGUUCUUCGUUAAUCAGAAUGGCGUCGAAGAAUUAUGAGCUUCGAUCUGGUGAGACAAUGCUCAUUCCUGCAGAUGAAAAAUAUGAGAUCUCUGCUGAGAGUAAAUGCCGUAUUCUUUCUGUUGUCAUGAAUCCUUUUACAGAAUGAAUAUCAAAGAAAUACCAUCUUUUUAAAGAACCCUUACAAGGUUGGCAGGAGUAAAAAAAUACUUAACAUAUAUUUCAUAAAUUAUAUUAUGGACAAAUCUGUUUUUAGUGAUAAAGAACAGAACGUUGUAAAUGAAAACUACUCUAAAUACUUUCAGAAGUAAAUGAGUAACAUGGGUUGU